CUAUUUUCAAAAAUCGCAAGACAAGAACCAGGAAGUUUCUAGGAAUCCUGUUCAUCAACUUUCGACUGUUUGCCAAGAAAGACACUUUGUUAGGAUAAAUGUCCAAGGACGAGCAGGAGUUGGAGUAUCUAUGACAAAGUUCAUAAUAGAGACCAAGACUCUCGACAUUGAUUCGAAAGUGCAUGCAAAAUGCAUGUUCAUCGUCUAACUAUGUAUCCUUCGUGAGGGACAACAUACAUAGUCACUAUCAGAAGUAUCAUUGAAUGUUUGAUGUUCGGAUUGUCUUUUGACGAGAGAACGUGAGCAGAGAUGGAGAGAAACGUCGAUUAAGAUGCUUUGUCAUUUCGUUGCGUUGUUCUGUAACUCACGAGUUGUUGUUGUGAAGGUGUUUUCAUUUUGACCGACUGUCAUGCAGCAAGACACAAAUGCAGUCUUCAUGAUCAUCUUCAUCCCAUCUAAAACAAUGCCAGUAGGGGUGAUAUAUUCGAGAGUGUGUGAUCCAUUUUUGUGACUUUGUCCUGUCUAAGUCUAUCAACCACCUCAAUUUUUCUCACACAACCUUGUCUGUGAAGAGCUUUUUAUCCGCUUUUGUCUAUAAUAUCUACAAGUCUAUGCCUGUGUAAAUCAAUGUUGCAUGAAGUCUACGUCGCCGGGCACCUUGUUAGGAACAUCGGGAUUAACUAGGUAUGACGAAUACUGUGUGCAAGAGUUUGAAUGUCACAGCUAUUGCUACGAGGACUUAUAGAAGUCGAUUUUUCAAUUUAUUGUUGUCACCGAGAGCUUUGUUGUGUAGUUUGUUGAAUUCUAUUUGCUGAACUCUCUCUCUUCACUAAUUCAUAUGUCAAUCCUGAAAUUCUUAUAUCCUUCAUGUCGUUAUCUUCAAGAUUAAAGAAGUGAGGCAUCCCAUUCCACUUACGAAUACGAAAUACUUAUAUAUAUACAUGUGUUCAAAAUAGUACUUAACCUAAAACAAAAUAAUGCCAAAAAUUAUAAGCUGAAAACAAAAUGCCAAUCCUCGUCCCCCUUCUUCCUCCCUUCGGGAGUGGAUCUGAACUAUUACCCCAGUUGACGGGUCUUGCAGUAUUGACCCACAAUCACUGGACCCAGAUCUUCGAGCAUUACCAUUGGCUACCAGAUUUUCUGUCAAACGCGACCUUGCAUCAUAGCAAUGGCGGACAAGCGAUUGUGCGGGGUACUAUUAUUUCUAACUUGAUGCUCUUUCAUCGAUUAUUUUGCUCCUUGAUGUCGGGGCGGUUCACUAGCGUGGUAGUUUCAACUGCCUACUUUUGGGCUAUGGCUAUGCAGAAAGAAACAAUUAUUAUUUGCAGUUCCAUUUAGAAUUAUCGCAGAUCCAAACAUCCUCACUCCAUCACGACAGAUGGUCCCGUUUAUCGGCUCGUCAAUGAUGACGGGCAAGAGAUCGUCAUAAACUCGCAAGUGCGCGGCUUCAUCCCUCUAUUUGGACCUCUGCAGCAUCGCUCCCACGGACCUCAGCAAGUGAUCGCUGACCUACUGGGCACACGUCCAGUCUUCUCGGAAGCGGAAUUGAGUGACCAGCUCUUCGACUUCACCUAUCGAAACUACAUCUUCCGAUUGUACGAUUCGAACACCCAGAACGUUUUGGCGUUUUUCCCGCAUCGAGCAGUGUUGAACCAUGAAGAUGCUGAUGGAGAGGUGGAAAAUGCGAGUGGUCUUAAGGCUACCGCUGACGCAUCCUCAACGCCAUCCUUGGCUUCUUUUUCAAGGGGAAAAGGGGCUCAGGGAUGGGCUCAAGGAUGCGACGCGGUCGGUCUAAUGGUCCAACUUCUGGAGGGUCGAGGUCUGGUGAAGGUGAGAACAGACCACAAGCAGAAGAGGACGUCGUUUUUGACGCAGGCGGUCUAGAGGAACCGAUGCUACCGAUACGUCGGAGAAAUCGACCUGUAGUGCCAUUCAGCUACGUUGACUAUGUUGAAGCCGCUGUGCCAGUCAUGGAUAGUACGACUCCUGGCGCGGCUACUGCUGCUUCGCCUGCUAUAUUUUUAGGUGACGAACACGAACAAAAGGAACACGAGGACGAACUCGCAGCCACAACUUUUGAUGCUCAGGUCCACCGAGAACAACCUUUCGCCGGCAACCUUCCCCCCGACUUCGUUCUCGAAGAAGAGUAUGUCGAAGACGUUACACUUGGACUCCAUCCUCUUCUCGCGUACUCUUCCGCGGAUGAUGAGGACGUGAUGAAGUUGAACCUAGGUGUAAGACAAGAUCCACAUGAUGACCUCGGUUUCUACUACUGCUCGUCUGUGGUCGAUGCUCAAGUUGGCGAAGAGCUAAUGAAGGCAGAGAUCUACUACGAGGGUGACUCAUCCUUGUGGGACUGUGCUACGGUGUCGCCAAGAGGAGACUCAGUCGGCAGCUUGAGCUCAAUCAGUGGAUCGGAUGACAACUUGUUGCGCCAUGCUUCUAGCGCCGCAUGUAGCGCCUUUAACGGCGCCAAGCUCUCUCCUGCUAGGAGUUGCAGUAGCAGUGACGGGUAUCCGUCGGAUAUGGAGAAUGAGGAUGGGGGAGAAAGUAGAGCAGGAGGGACACCAGAAGGAGGAACGCGAUUGGGAAACAAGAGAAACUGCUCUUCUCUCGUCAUGUCCGGUUUCGAGGAUGAAGAGGAGGAUAGACCUCAGAACAGUAGCAUAAGCGUUACACGUGGUAGUGAUUGCAUCGCUUCUCCUGAUGCAAGAAUGAGCUCCAGGGACGUCCUGAUAGAGUCGAUGGACUUGGAAACAUUCGUCGCUGAGAAGUUGCGCCUGCCGACACGUAGUGGUCCUCUUUCGAGAGACAUCGUUCCGCCACCUAGAGCUUCUGCCAGCCUUGCGCUUACUGUCUCGACGAAAAGCAUGAGGAAAACGCGACCUGGUAGUGCUGGUAAUCUCUUGCGAUCGUCACCAAGUGUGACACCAACGUCACCAAGAAUGGCUCCUAAUGCAGCUUCAACGCGCCUCCACGUUUCCCGGCACCAGCUUCAUCCGCUUUCCCAGCACUACUUCAACCUGUACUACAACACGGAGAACGAUGAGCCGCGUGCACUGAUGGGGAAUUCCUUAACUGAUGCGGCGUUGGCGAGUUGGACGAUCUCAAAUCUGUGGGAAGGUUCUCGAGAGGAGCCAGCGUGGACUAUCACUUCGGGCUAUCUAUCGUCGAGGACGUCAAGAGGAGCCCUUCAGGUAGCAGGAACUGAAGACCCAUCUUCUGAAUCGCUAUCACAAGGACUGCGGUUGUAUCAAAGACCGUUGCUCGUGUGUGGAAUGUCAAGGAUCUAAGAAGAAAACAGAGGCGCGUAGCUGUUUGCUGUUUGUUUUUGUGAAUCUUUCCAAUUGAAUUGGGUUGUUUUACGUAUUUGUGUAAGUAAUCAUCAAAUCAUCAUGGUGUCCUUAUCCUGCUUGCCGAAAAAUGAAUCCAGGUUGUGGUAUUUUUUGAGUGAUCACGUUACUUUCUUAUAAGCUCAGGCAAAUUAUGGACUUUUCGCUACGACUUAGGUGGCGGUUCCCCUGUCUUUAUUCAUCUCUCUGAGUAGGGAGUAGUUGUAACUAGUAUCAGUAUGAACAAGUAGAAACUAAGUAGGAAGAAGUCCACAACUUAUAAUAAGUUUUCAAGAACUACAAACAUAUACAGCGUUUGAUCAUCGCUUUCAACCUAUUUCCACAAAUAACUCCGAUGUCUGACCUCUACGUAGUAGAUCAAAGUACUUAUGCCUAUGCAAUAAAUGAAUCCUGUUAGUGUAGUCAGUUGUAGUAGUUAUAAUUCACAAUUUGAAUUUUAUUUUUGCAAGACUUCUAAAAAAUGGUAUACAGUCGUAGUAGAAGUAAAGGAAAAAAAUGAAAAAUAUGUAAAAUCUUAGAAAGUUAUUAUUUGAUUUCCCAGAACCACGAACCAAACGAAUGAUGCUGACACAGCUCGUUAUUUAUGAUGAUCGCGAUGUUGUCUUUGUUUCCUAGAAAAUCUUCUUCCCACUCCCACCCGCAGAUGUAAAACAAGCAGCGCUUUGCGCACAUGAUAUUCUGAUAUAACUUAGAGUUUAUCACUCGUUUUCCUGAUCGAAGGCAGAU